AUGGCCUUGGUCUAUCGGCCAACGAUGCAGUUGAGUGGCCUCCUCUUCUCUCUGCUGGGAUGGGUCCUGUCCUGUCUCACCACCUACUUACCCCAGUGGAAAAACCUCAACUUGGAACUGAAUGAACUGGAGAUCUGGACCAUGGGACUCUGGCAAGCUUGCGUUGUCCAGGAAGAAGGGGGAAUGCAGUGCAAGGACUUUGAUUCUUUCCUGGCUUUGCCUCCAGAGCUCAGGAUUUCUAGGAUUUUGAUGGUUUUUUCCAGCGGAUCGGGGCUUUUGGGCCUCUUGCUCUCGGGCUUUGGGUUGGACUGUUCUAAAAUCGGUGAGAGGCAACAGGAACAAAAGAAACGGCUGUUGCUGUUUGGAGGAACGCUCUUCUGGCUAUCUGGGAUUACAGCUAUCGUCCCGGUUUCUUGGGUUGCCCAUUCCACAGUCCAGGAAUUUUGGGAUGAGAACAUACCAGAUAUUGUUCCCAGGUGGGAUUUUGGGGAAGCCCUAUUUGUUGGCUGGUUUGCUGGGUUUUGCCUUAUACUGGGAGGAUCCCUCCUUAAUUGCACGAUCUGUUGGCCCGAAGUCCAUCCGUCCUCGAGCCGUUACGCGGUGGCAGAAGAGCGAGAUCGGUGUCAACACUCGGAAACUGAGACUGGGCCUUAA